GAAACUUUGUAUGAGAGAAGAUGGGCGUCAGCAGGUUUGCAUCGUUGGGCUCCAGGAAUUUGAAGUUUCAGAUGUGCAGGUUGUGAAAGAGUAUAUUGAGAGGGGAAGUGCUGCAAGAAGUACAGGUUCCACUGGUGCAAAUGAGGAAUCAUCAAGAUCACACGCGAUAUUACAACUUGUCAUCAAGAAACACAAUGAAGUAAAGGACUCUAGGCGAAAUAAUGAUGGAAAUGAAUCCAAGGGUGGGAAAGUCGUCGGAAAGAUUUCUUUUAUUGACCUUGCUGGUAGUGAGAGGGGAGCGGACACAACUGAUAAUGACAGACAGACAAGGAUUGAGGGAGCAGAAAUUAAUAAGAGCUUGUUGGCCCUUAAAGAGUGUAUUCGUGCUCUUGACAAUGAUCAGCUUCAUAUCCCGUUCCGUGGGAGCAAACUCACUGAAGUGCUUCGUGACUCCUUUGUUGGCAACUCAAAAACUGUUAUGAUUUCCUGCAUUUCUCCCAAUGCUGGAUCAUGUGAACAUACACUAAAUACCUUGAGAUAUGCUGACAGGGUUAAAAGUCUAUCCAAAGGCGGAAACACCAAAAAAGAUCAGAGUGCAAGCAUAAUACCUCCUAUAAUCAAGGAACCUCCUUUAGCGACUACAUUCGCUGCUUCUGUUGAGGCAGAAAAUGCUUAUGAGCAACCCCGUGAAUCUAGAGUAUCAGAAGCAAGUAGGAGAGUUAUGGAGAAAGAAAGCACAUCAUACAAUUCCACAAAUGAUUUCGAUAAACAAACCUCUAGAUUUUCUUCAAAUCAUACUUUUAAUGGUCAGGAGGAAGGUGGGUCAAAUUUUGGUGGUACAGAUGGGGACAGGUUUGAGGUUAAGAAUAGCUAUGGUGUUCCCGCUGGUCAAAGAAUGAUCUCGGCAUCAAAUUUGCAGAGUUCAACUGAUACAGAGGACAAGGUGCAGAAAGUGUCUCCACCUCGGAGGAAAGUUUAUCGUGAUGAGAAACCUGAAAAGCCAGGAAAAUGGUCAAGGAAAGAUGUAUUAAGCUCUGAUUCAUUCUCAACAAGUUAUAAACAGCAAAGCGCAAGUAUUCCCAAUAUAAAAAGUAAUGGGUCGGGACAAAAUGAACCUAGUUCACCCCCUUGUGAUGAGAAUAUCAAUGAAUUACUGCAGGAAGAAGAAGCCCUGAUGACUGCGCACAGGAAAGAAAUUGAAGAUACAAUGGAUAUUGUUCGUGAAGAAAUGAAACUGCUGGCAGAAGUAGAUCAGCCUGGAAGUCUAAUAGACAAUUAUGUAUCGCAGUUGAGCUAUGUGCUGUCACGAAAAGCAGCAAGCCUGGUUAGCCUUCAGGCUCGCCUUUCCAGAUUCCAGCAUCGAUUGAAAGAGCAGGAAAUACUGAGUAGAAAGAGGGUACCCCGCUAAGGCAAAAAUUUAGUUGCAUUUGAAGUGGUCUCCUUUUCUCCCUUGUAUAAUCUGUCCCUUCGAAAUAUUCAAGAAUAGCUUAAUCUCUUGCCGACACACAAACCAUCAGGUGAAGUUACAUUGUGCAGAUGUACAGAAAACAAAGCAGUGGUUGUUGUCCUAUGAACUUGAACUAAAGGAACUAUAGACUUACAUUCGUGCCGAUUAACAAGUUAAGAAGCAAUGUUGUGUUGUCGUGAUCAGAUUUGGACUUGCUGAAAUGUGGACAGAGAUCCACAUCUAUUACUGUGUUGUCGAAUUCCAUGUGCAAUGUCGUCAAAGUAUAGGUUUCUGGGAAGAUAGAUGUGUAUUUGUAACUGAACUUUUGCUAUAUGGUCUCUUGCAACAAUAUGAUUGAUUCAACGAUUUCACUCUGUAUUAAACAUUUAUGUUAUUUUAUUUUGCGCUAGCAUUCUCUUUAUUUGAGUGCACGUGAUUGGCA